AUGGAUAUGGUACAAUACAGCCUGAAAAGCUCUAUGUUGGCCCAUAGUUGUCUUCAAGAGGUCCUCAAAAAUACAGCCAAAUUCAAGCCCAAUGGAAAUAUCAUUAUUUACCGUUUGGGCAAUAAGCAUGAUCCCCUGCGGGCGACAUACAGCCAUCUAUACACUCAAGCUUUCAAAAACAGCUUGUUGCUUCGGGAAGUCGCAAAUUUCAGACCAGGAGACCCCAUUCUUCUGUGCUUGUAUGAUCAUUGGGACGCAAUGCUGUGGUUCUGGUCCGUCUUGCUUGCCGACGGUCUUCCCGUCCAGUGCCCGCCAGCCAUUUUGAGCAACGGAGGAGAGAGCCGACAUACCUUCGUCGACAACAUAUCCACGCUUCUGGACACCCCAAUUUGCAUCAUAAGGGAAGAAGAGCUUGAAUCGUUUCGGGGUCUUCACGGGUUGUCGUUGCAUACGGUGGAGUCAUUCUCACUUCGACAUGCUUCACCACUCGAGCCCUUAAGAGAUCUGACGGGAGCAAAAUCCAUCGAUUGGACAGCUGAAACAGACUCUCAUCUUCACGAAGAUGCCACAGCGAUGUUAAUGCUGACAUCUGGAAGCACUGACAGCCCCAAGGCUGUAUGCCUCACACACAGGCAGGUGCUGUCGGCGGUCAAUGGCAAGGCCUCAAUACGUCCUGGACGUACAGGGCCCUUUCUUAAUUGGGUUGGUCUUGACCACGUAGCCAGCCUCGUCGAAAUCCACAUCCAGGCUCUAUGGCUCGGCGCCGACCAGGUGCAUGUGCAUGCAGCCGACGUUGUGGCGUCGCCACGGUCAUUCCUUGACCUCAUUGACCGUCAUCGUGUGGUGACGAGCUUCGCGCCUAAUUUCUUCCUCGCCAAAAUGGUGUCAGAUUGUGGCUUUUCUCAACAUACGGGGAAACAGCAGACAUGGGAUCUGAGCUGCCUUCGAUUGUUGGCCUCGGGAGGUGAGGCAAAUGACAUGGACACUUGCGCUGCUGUCUCUCGGAUUCUCUCAAAAUACGGCGCCCCAAACAACGUGGUUGUACCGGGGUUCGGAAUGACGGAAACAUGUGCCGGCGCGAUAUUCAACGUUAAGUGUCCCGAUUACGAUACUCAGUACGGCUACCCGUUCGCGUCUCUAGGGCGUGCCAUGCCCGGUAUCGAGAUGCGCGUGGUUCACGAGACUGAUGCCAGCACAAGCGCGAAAUCAUCUGAGCACUUGGGUGAGCUCCAAAUACAUGGACCCGUGGUUUUCAAAGAAUACUACCGAAACCCUGAAGCUACUUCCAAGGCAUUCACUGCAGACGGAUGGUUCCGAACUGGUGAUCAAGGCAUCGUCGAUCAGCAAGGCCAUCUGCGCCUCAUGGGCAGGUCAAAGGACGUCAUCAACAUCAAUGGAGUUAAAAUUGGGGCCACAGCUGUCCAAUCUGCUCUGGAAAAAGCUUUGAGAAGCUUGGUUGCCAGGGUUGUAAUAUUCCCUGCCAGGCUGAUUGGAAGUCAUACGGAACGAAUCAUAGUCGCGUAUAUUCCGCGGCUACAACACGCAGCAGAUCCGAUCAUAGUGCACAAUUUUGCCGUUGAGGCAGCUUUAGUAUGUUCUGGGUCGACCCCAAUGGUAUUUGCGCUGCCCAGUGAAGGCUAUGUGGGGCGGACUUCGCUCGGAAAAGUAUCUCGAAACGAGAUGCGUGCCCUCUUCGAAGCCGGUACUUUUGACGACUUCGUUCGCCAACACCAAGAAGCAGUCCAGCGAUGUCUAAUCACUCAAGAACACCCGAAAUUGACGACUCGUCGGGAAACAUUCUUGUUGAACAAGGUUGUUGAAGUCUUGGGCAGCAGUCAGACAGGGACUCUUACCGUUGACACUCCUUUGAUCGAAGCUGGAUGCACCUCCAUGGAUUUGAUUCGAAUGAAGCGCCUUAUAGAUGAAAUUUUGGGUACCAAUAUACCUAUAAUCACAUUUAUAAGAAACCCCACAUUCAGAAAGCUAGCUCUCGCCUUGGAGCAUCAUAAUGGUCACCCGGAGACCGCAUACGAUCCUGUGGUGACCUUUCAGGAAGAAGGAAACAAAAUACCACUUUGGCUAAUCCAUCCAGGAGUGGGAGAAGUCCUCGUGUUUGUCGGGUUGGCGCAACAGCUUUCCUGUGAUGACCGGCCCAUCUAUGCCCUCCGUGCACGCGGUUUUGAGCCAGGUCAGACAAGCUUUGCCUCCAUCGCCGAAGCCGUGUCUAUGUACCACUCCGCGAUCAAAAGAAUCCAGCCCACUGGUCCUUAUGCUAUUGCCGGUUACAGUUACGGAGCGAUGCUGGCGUUCGAGACUGUCAAGGCCUUGAACAGCGCUGGUGAUGAUGUUCGUUUCUUGGCAAGCUUCAACUUGCCACCUCAUAUCGGUGCCCGCAUGCAACAACUCAGCUGGCCCCUGUGUUUUCUACAUCUUUGUUAUUUUCUAGGGCUCCACUCAGAGGACUAUGUGGAGCAGAUCGAGUCUGCUGGUGUCGUGUCAAAUAUGACUAAACGAGAGGCCAAGGAAUCACUGUUCAGAUCAGUGGACAAAGGUCGUUUGUCGGAACUUAGUCAAGAUGAGCAAUCCCUUUCGGCAUGGACUGAUGUCGCAUACGGUCUACAACGCAUGGCAACUCAGUACAAGCCGACAGGGAUGGUUUCCGUCCUUGAUGUGUUCCAUGCGAUACCACUGAAAUCAGCCGCUCCAUCUCGUGAUGUUUGGAUCAAAGACCAACUGAGCAAGUGGCAGGACUUCUGCGAGACCAACGUGCAAUUUCAUAGCGUCGGUGGUUCCCACUACACAAUGAUCAGUCCAGAUCAUGUAGCCAGAUUCGCCAAGACUUUAAGAUCUGUCAUGGAAAGUAGAGGUAUCUAG